CAACACCCUCUUAUACACAUGUGUAUGAAUGCAACAAUUGGAGUUACUUGCGACUUCCUGCUGUUGUGAAGUAAACUUGAUGAAAUGUGUUUCACUCUACAGCCGUCAGUCUUACCAGGGACGUGAGAUGAAGAUGCUCAUCUGAUGAAACAUUUCAGUUCAAGAGAUUUAACUCUACAUCUCACAACUAGCAGAGAUAAAUCUAAAAGUGUGUUCAAUAAGGGGAAAACACGAAAGCGUUGAAAGCUACAUCCUACACGUGUAACAAAUCCAUUGUCAUGUCGAAACACCAAAGUACGCUGACAAACCCUGCCAAUCAAUCUAGACCACGUCAGAACAUGUACGAAACUGGACCUGGAACAUCGUUGUCAAAGUCAAGUCCCCCGUACUAUAAUGUAACCAACCAAGCAAGUAAAUAUCCUGGAUCAACAAGCAGUGGACUUCAACCAGACAAAAGCAUUUCUUACAUAGGUUUCCAGCAGCUUCAGGAGACACAUCCUCAAGCGGAAUUGUAUUCGCAACUCUCUGUGGUAGAUCAUUAUGAGUUACUGGCCCCUGUGCAAAACAACAGUAUUCCAUCUUUAGCACAGGCCAGAAAAAAAUGCGUCUGUCUGGCUGCGUGCUGUAUCCUAGUUGGUCUGGUUGUUGUAUUGGCAACUUUACUGGGCACUCUGCUCGGAGUAGGGAAGAAACUAGACAAUAACUUUAACGCUAAAUUUUCUUCGUUUGUAAAGUCUCAGUCUGAAAUACAGACUAACCUGUUAGCUUCCUUGUGUAGUUCCAAGUGUAACGAAUCACCGGAUGUGUCCAUUCUAACCUCUCACAGUUGUUACUGCCUCUACAGAAAACAGCUUUCCUGGAACUCCGCCAGAGAGUUUUGUCUUGCCAAAGGAAAUGGGGUCCACCUGGCAGAGAUCUACACACAAGAGACAAACGACUUUCUGAUUCCCAUCUUACAAGCCUCGCAAACCAACAUUGGGAUCUGGCUUGGCGGUUCAGACUUGAACAAAGAAAAUGUUUGGCGCUGGAACUACUCAGGGACAGUUUUAGAGACUUUUGAGCCUAGACAGUGGGGACUUGGUGAGCCCAGUCAAGUCAGGCCUGGGUUUAAUUACAAGGAGCAUUGUUUAGAAGUGUAUAAUCAUACAACAUUCACCUUCCAAUGGAACGACCAUGCAUGUGAAGAGAGUGACUUGAAACCUUUUCUAUGUCAGUCUUCAACAAUCAAUUCCCAAUGUUUGUGUUAACAUUCAUCUCACUCAACAAAACACUGCCAUAAAGUGGAGCUUGACAGAUGAUUGGCUAUUUAUAUAUAUAUAUAUAUAUAUAUAUAUAUAUAUAUAUAUUACUAGCCUUAUAUUACCCGCGGCCCUCGGGUCUUCAUUUCAAUACAAUUGACACGAUCACUGAUAUAGAGUAUUAGAAACAAUUACACACAAUAAUAAUGUUGUAAAUAAAGUGAAUGCGUGAAUGUUAUAAUGUUAUGUCCCUGCGCAUGUGUGACCUUUCUGUAGUAUCUAAUGUAAUAAUCGCCUUGUAUCAUGAAUGGCAAUUAAAUAUACACUAAGACGGAUACGUCGCAGCAUUAGGCAGCCAAUCAAUGUAAAAAUGUUUUUGAAACAAAUGUAAAGGUUAAUUUUAUUAAUGAAAUUAAUUGAUUAUAUUUUGUAUGUUCAUGUGUUAAAGUCAAGAGCAGAUCUACCAUCUUAGAAUUAAAUCUAGAUCAAGGCUUCAAGACAUUUUCUGUUUUGCUCAUGAGUGACCUUUCGGUCUUGUCUCAUGUAAACGUGGCUAUAUGACCUAGAUCCAUGAAAUAGUAAUACUUUCAUAGUCGGGCAACUUUUUUUUUUUUGAGUUUGUUUUAGGGCUGCAUAUGCUACUAUUCCAGUUAGCAUCCAAGGAACAUUUAUGCCACCUUUUAUCAAAAUUGGCCAAACGGUUUUGAUUUUCAAUUCGGGACAUACGUACAUAUGCCUUACUUUCUGCUCUAUAUUAUAGAUAUUCUUAUGUUGACGAUUGCCCAAUAUUGUUUGUAUUAUAUUUUUGUAUGUAAAACAUUCACAGUAAAUACACGCAAGACUCAGAAGACGGAGAAGUUUAUUUUGCAAAGCUUUUUAUAAUGAUUCUUGUAUUGUCAGCUUAAAGAAAUAAUUGUGCAAAAUUUCAAUUUGAUCCGAGAUUGAGUGUCUGAGAAAAAAUGUGUUCGUACCUUUUAACAGACAGACAAACAGACAGACAGACAGACAGACCGAUAGAGUGAGUUGAUAUAAACUUGGUAAAACAAAAUUACGAAGAGAGUUUGUGUGUGUAAACACAAACUCAAAGAUGGCUCUAAAGGGUUCACCCACGUAGGAAAAUGUUCAACACAAAUACCUGAAGCUAUGAAGCACAAACUUUCAACACCUACGAUCCGACCUACUUUCAUAGGAAAACAAAAAGAUAGGUGCUGAUGAGAUAGUAUUGUUUUGCCAUCGCAAGGCAUGAUACCGCAAAGUUCGGGAAUACAUUAAUGUUGUUAUUAUUGUUAUUAUUAUUAUUACAAUGUUUCCGAGAUGUACAGAUGAGCCCAAUUCAUCCAGCGCAGUUUGUGAGUGUUUGUUUGUGUAUGUUUUUUUGUCUAUAUGUGUAUGUUGUUGUUGUCGUUGUUUUGUUUUUUUUGUCUUUUGACAAAUUUUAUAUCAACUUAUUCUGUCUUUGUGUCCAAACAUUUGUACACGUUAUUUCUCCGACACCUAAUCUCGGAUAAAGCUGAAAUUUCGCACAAUUAUUUCUUUUACCUGACAGCAUAAGAAUCAAGUAAAAAAAAAUGAGAUCUAAAUAAAUCCAUGAAAUAAAAAUACUUUCAUAGAGUUGGGCAACUUUUUUUUUUUUUGAGGGACUUUGUUUGGUAUCUGACACUAAGAAAUGAACUAGUACUUGACUGAAGUGGUGGUAUAAGCUGAAUUAGUCCCCUCUCUUUUAGGCUGCCGUCUCAGGCUUAGUGAACGCAAACAUCAAAUAAAAAGAAUAGGUUACUUUACAAUCUUCAUAGACCCUUCACUGGCAGAAUAGGUUACUUUACAAUCUUCAUAGACCCUUCACUGGCAGAAUAGGUUACUUUACAAUCUUCAUAGACCCUUCACUGGCAGAAUGGUUACGGCAUUGGCUUAGAAGACUUAAUCUCACAAGUUCGAAUUCAGGUCACUCCCUUUUUUCUUUUCGUUUUUUUUCUCUGUCAGUCUAGAUCUGUAACAAAUGUAAUGACAUAACUGAUCCAAACUAAUUGACACAAGUAGGCUGAAUGUAAGCUUGGUUUUUUUUAAAGUAUUUUUUUAUGUUUUUCUUGUGUUUUUUUAAAUUGUUAUAGAAAACAUGUUGAGGUGGACCACUGCGGUCAAACUGACUGCCCAAUUGUUUGGACCAAUAAGAAUUAAAUGAACUGAUUAUCAUGAGCAAAUGGCCUAAGGAUUGUUCAUUACCGUAUCACAUUUCAUCUUCUUUUGUAUAAAAAACAUUGUUUUAAAUAUACAAUACAUUUCAUCUUCUUGUAUUUGUCAUUGUAUUAAAUAACUAAUUGCACAUUCUGUCUGCGUUUAUCUUGUAUUUGUCAUUGCAUUAAAUAACUAAUUGCACAUUCUGACUGCGUUUAUCUUGUAUUUGUCAUUGCAUUAAAUAACUGAUUGCACAUUC